CGAGAUGUGCAGGCAAGCUUGCACAAGGACGGUGAGGCAAGAGCACCGAGGACGCGCAUCUCAUGUGGAGGUUCAGGGCCUGAUUUGAGGAGGUAUUGCGGAGUUCUACAUUUGACUCAUGAACUAUGAAAGAAGUUGCGCGCGCGCGUGCUUUCAUUGAAUUUGGAUAAUUAUGGUUUGCCACAGACAUUUAUCACCCAGUUGAGAUUUCAUUGAAAGAAUCCGAAUCGUGUGGGGGAUUGUUAUUCUCAACGUGAUGGAUACAAAUGCGUUGGCUGUGUUUAAACUUUUAGUGGUUGGAAUUUUGGUGAACUCUUGGAUGACAAGAGGAUUGUCAGCCACAGAGAAUAUCAAUGUUGAGUCUAUACCACGAAGGCCUAGUGUGGCUCUGUGCAACGAGACCCAGCUACUGUGGGAGAUGGAGGUGUGUGGGGAGGAAUUCAAGCGAAAGAUGGACCACGUGGAUCCCCAGAACUGGUGCAACUUAACACACUUCAUCAGUGAGUACCACCUUUUCUCGCUGUGCACGGAGACCAACGCCGAGCGCAUCAACUGCUACUGGCCCAACCCUCUGGUGGAGAGCUACAUCAUCCGGAUCCACAAGCACUUCUUCUCCAACUGCACCCUGGAGAGGGUGAUCCUGGUGGACCCGCCGGACGACACACUCACCAUCCUCAUCCUCAUCCCUGUCUUUCUCACCCUGGCCAUGAUCGCGCUGGUGGUGUGGUGCAGCAAGCGCAGCGACAUCCUGGCUUAGGAUGUUGGUUGGUUUGGUUCCCAUGUGACUGUCCAGCAUGUCCAGAGACCCAUAAACGUCUUUAUUGAACCCUAGAUGAGGAAUUGGGUUAGGGAAGACAGGUAGGGAACCUACGGAGGGAACCUUUGUUUGUUCAUUGUGUCAUUUCAGGAUUAUGGUGGAUUGAAGGGAUUAAAAGAAGCCACUUAACGCCUUUGAAGGAGAUGCAUCCAAACUCCAAGGCCUUUUGAUAGAUAUACUGUACCCAAGGACCCAAGACACAUACGAGACAUUUAGGAUUGUAGAUCCUUUGUAUGAAAUGGGACUGAGGCCCAGGGACUGCUUAAAUAUCAUAAUUUAUAAGACAUGGUUAAACUUUUAAAUAUAUUCUCAUGAAGAAGUCUUCUCAAUAGGAGAACAUGGACAAACUGAGACCUGAAUAUGUAUAGUACUUUUCUGUACCAGUGCCGUCUACUGUAUAGAAACUACAUUUUGGUCCCGCAUCGCCGCCAUGCUUUCUGUACAGUACUGUUUCUUCUUCACACUUCCUCACCUGUUCUUAUGUGCUGUCACUAUCGGGUCAAGCUGCACAGACGGAU